GAGAAUCGAUGGCGCAGAGGCCCGCUUGACAGGACAAUAAACCACAAAGAAGGGCCUCUCCACAGUUGAAGACGCAGCGAUGCUCCGGCAGCAGAGGGAGGACCCGUCUCCGCCCCGCCGCCUCGGCCCGGCAUCCCCCCGCCUCCAGACACUGAAGCCCGGCCACGACUUCCCAUGAGGCCCCCGCCAGAACUCAGCCCGCCCGCUCUGUACGGGGCCGCUCACAUAUGAAUUGACAUGGAGGAUGAAGAUGGGACUUGUCUGCUUGAUGUUUUGUGUGACCCCCAAGCCCUGAACGACUUCCUUCAUGGGACCAAUGAGCUGCAGACUGAGGACCUGCUCAUUAGCUCCUCCUCCGGGGAGCCCUCCCUCUUCACCGAUGCCCCGAGCCCCAUCUCUCUGCCGGGAGACGGCAGCGACUCCCCGGACACGCCUCCGCCUGGCUGCGUGGACCUGUCCUUCCUGGAGGAGGUCCUCCUGUCGUCGCCGGAGGGCGGAGGAGACCCGCGGGCGGCGCGGGUGGGGGCGCCCCCCGCGGAGGCGUUCGAGGCGAAGGAGGGAAGCGAAGCGGAGGGAGCGGAGGAGGCCGAGGUGGCGUGCGACAUCCUGCAGCAGAGCCUGCGGGAGGCGGAGAUCACCGAGCAGACCAUGGCUCUGGAGGCGGGGCCGGCCCGACCCGGGGACGGCCCCGCCCCUCUCCUCUCCCCAUCCGUACACAAAUCCCUCAGCCAGGCGUUGCCCAGAGACACCCAGGCGGCGGUGGACCCUCCCCAGCCCUCCCUCCUGGCCGUCGGGCCGGGCUGCCCUUCUCUGAAACCCGCCGCCCCUCCCCAGCUGAUGGGGCUUUUGCCCGGGAAUGUGUUCGCCGCCGCGUCACCGGAGACCUCCUUCUCCCCGAGUCCCGCCCAGGCGUCCAGUUUGGUCGUCCACAAGGCCGCUCCCGGCGUGACCGGCCGUGCCCUCGUCGGUCCGACCCUGAGGGCGGGCCUCGUCCUGCAGCGCGCCCCGUUCCCCAUCCAGCCCAAGCUGCCCGUCAGUAUUCAGCCCAGACUGGUUCAGAUCAGCCCGAAGCCUCCUGGGCAAAAACACACGCCGGGUCUCACAUUCCUCCCGGGGACCGCCUCGCCAAAUAUUUUACUCUCCCAGCCUCCAGGCCAAAAGGCCGCGGCUCCGCCCCCGCCGCAGCUCCCCAAGCCGCUCAGCCUGCAGCUGGUCAACCAGGGCGGCUCCUUUGUGCUCCAGCCUCAGGGACUCUUCCGAGGCCAAAACCAGUUCCUUCUUCCAGGCCAGUCUCCCGUCACCAUCUCCCAGUCCCCCGGGCGCCACGGCGCGUCGCUCCACCACGUGAAUCCCUCGGCGGGGCAUCUGGUCGAUGGCCCUCAGAUCCUCACCGUGCCCCAAAGACGGCUGAACUUCAGCCCCGUCUUCACCACCUCUUCGGGGCAGCUGGCGCUCCGCCAGGCCACCGUGCUCUCAGGACCGUUGCAGCUGCAGUCGGCGCCCCCGACCGUCUUCCAGAUGCCGGCACAGCUGGCCGGAACCUACACCCCCCCGGGAGGGCAGGGGCAGCGCGCCGCCCUGGUCCACGGUCCCGCUCUCGGAAACCGCAUCACCUUGAUCAACAGUUCCGGGGCGCUGCCCCCAGAUCUCACCUCCAUCUCCAUCGUCAACGGCCCCUCGGUAGUUCGGGGUUUGCCUUUCGCCGCCCGGGCCCCAGAAGGACAGCUGAGCCUCCAGCAGGCGUCGGUGGUGCUGCUGGCAGAGAGAGCAGCUCGGGAGGAGAGGACCGGCUCGGAGGAGACGUUCCAGCAGCCGUCGCAGCCCUACGGACGUGUCCUCCACCACGUCUCGGUGCGGCCCGGUCCCGCGGGGCCGCGGCCCUCCCGUCCUCCCGCGGUCACGGUCCCGCGGCCUCCCCCCGAGGCCCCCGGACCACCCCUGGACCCCGAGCCGGCCGUGGACAUCCCUGAACUCUCGAUGCCCCCAGCAGUCGUGACCCGAGGAGCGGAGGAGGUGACCCACUCGAUGAGUCACAACGAGGCCUUUAUGCAUCACCUGCAACAGCGAGCACUUAGUUUUCCCGUCGCGUCGGAGCUGUCGGUCGGGCCGGUGCCGACGGAACCGCUCGCCGCCCCGGUGGCCGGUGAGGGAGAGGCUCGACCGCAGAGCCGGGCGGCCUCGGGUCAGGACCGGUGCGUCCAGGCGUCUCCGCUUCACUCGGACCCAGCGGACCCCCCGCUGGUCUGCUCCCCCUCUCCCCUCCAGGACACAGAGGGACCAGCCCCGCCCACUUUCUCCACUCAGACCCCUGCGUCCGGACCCGAGGGUUCAGUCACGGCUCCCCAGUCACGCAUCGAGCCCCGGGUCCAGAACCAGGUCCAUCAUCAGCUCCAGGCCUCACAGGCCUUAUUUGCCCAGAACCCGGUGCAGAUAGAGCCCUCUGUCUCCCAGCCCCAGCCUCAGCACCAGGUCCAGGUCCAGCCGUCCGCCUCCCAGCCUCAGUUCUCGGCCGCCCCCCCCCCGCUGCGUGUCUCGGUGCCUGAUCCCACAGCCCAACAGCACACACAAAUCAGUGAGUGUCGAAUCAAUUCAUCGAAUCAUUCCAGCAGCGCUGGCUCCCCUCUUCGCCGCCGCUGUAACCAUCGUCAUCAUCGUGACCCGCAAUACAAUCAUCGUCACGUGUCGCUAUCCUCUCGCCGCCUCCUUCUUCAGAGCCAACAGCUGCCUUGGUCGCGGAGAGCGAAGCGUUCGCUCGGCGUCCCCCCACCCCUCUCCUGCGGCCCACAGGGCCCCGCCCACCCCCAUCCAGUCGAGCCAGAACACCGGCACCACGCCGGAUCGUCCCGCGGAGCAGCCGAGGGAGGAGCGGCUCACGGCCGCCACGCGCCGCCACAGCCUCAGCACCAGGUCCAGGUCCAGGUCCAGGUCCAGGUCCAGCCGUCCGCCUCCCAGCCUCAGUCCUCGGCCGCCCCCCCCCCGCUGCGUGUCUCGGUGCCUGAUCCCACAGCCCAACAGCACACACAAAUCAAGCCAACAGCUGCCUUGGUCGCGGAGAGCGAAGCGUUCGCUCCCGACGUCCCCCCCCACCCCCCCUCUCCUGCGGCCCACAGGGCCCCCAUCCCCAUCCAGACGAGCCAGAACACCGGCACCACGCCGAGGGAGGAGCGGCUCACGGCCGCCACGCGCCGCCACAGGUUCCAGCAGCAGAUCAGUUGGGACCGCUCGGCGGUGCAGACGGCGCCGGCCGGCCCGGCCUUCCCCUCGCUGAAGGACGCCGUGAAGCGCCUGCUGCCGUACCACAGCUGCGCCGGUCAUCUGCCCACGCAGGAGGACUUCGACUUAGUGGACGAGGAGUUUGACGCCGUGUCCGGUUUCCUGCUGCAGCGCACCAAGGACAUGGUGAACAAGUACCGGCAGCUCCUGGUGAGAGAAGCCCAGCAGGAGAGCCCGUCGGCAGAGAUGGUGAUGCUGGAGCGGCUCUUCCUCCAGGCCGAGCGGUGCGCUUUAGCGGAGGACAGACGGAGAGUCCGCAGAGACCCAGAGUCCUUUAUGUCGGCCUCGGCGACAUCGGCGUCCUCCCCCUCCUCCUCCUCCGGCGGCCCCGAGUCUCCACCGGCCUGGACCAGGCUGUCCGACCGGCCCCCGGGGCUGAAGACGUACCGCUCCAGCUCCCGCGGGGCCCUCCGGCUCACCAUCAAGCAGGAGUCCGGCUCCCGCAAGGUGGUCCGCAACUCGGCCUGCGACCACAAGAGGGACCACGCGGGUCAGCUGACCAACGGCGGCGGGGCCGCCGACCAACGCCACCCUCGGGCGCCCAACGGAGCGCCGCGGCGUCCCGAGCGCGACGAGGAGGAGGAGGAGGGGGAGGUGGAGGAUGAGGAAGAGGAGGAGGCCGGAGCGGUGCUUUGCGACGCCGUGAAGGAAGUCGCACAGGCGGCGCCGCAUUCCAGAAUAAAAGCCCCAAACCGGCUUUCUACGCCGGAGCCGCGGGUCGGCGGCUUGGAGUCGCCUCCCAGAGACGUCAGGGGCCCCAAACUGAAAUGCUACAGGUUGGGCGAGUCGCCGCGGUUCAGCCCCCCGCCGCCGCCGCCACCGCCCCUCCAAGAGGACAACAUGCUCAGUGAACAUCUGCAGAGCGCCAUCGACAGCAUCCUGGAGCUCCAGUGCCUGCAGGGCCCCCCCGCGGCCCCGGCCAGGGCCACGCCCGGCCCUUCGCUGGACCACGCCGUCACCAGCAUCCUGGAGGGACGCCUGUGAGCUCAUCGGGACGCACAGACGCACAAACAUCCGUCUGAGGUGGGAUGGAACUUUAAAAAAACAACAAACAACUUCUUCUCUGUUCCUGGAACUUAAUGAGAUUUUGUUUCUGGGUUUCAGAGAUUGCUUUUAAGAAAGAAGAGAGGGGGGGGGGGCAAUGAAGAGGCACUAAUGAGAUGCAGACCAGGUCUGUUGGAUACUUCAUUUCAAUGUAGAAGUGAUCUAUUUGAAUAGGAGCUCUACUGUUUGUGCGGAGGUUCACGACCUUGCCGUGACCUUCAUCAGCAGCUGGUAUACGAGUCACAGCGAGGAGACCGACAGCCGGGACGAGACUGAGAUUAUCCAAUAGUUUUUUAUAAGAUUUCGUUCCAAAAAAAAAAGUGAAGUUCCUCUUACAUCGUGCCAAGCUGCUUCCAGGGUAUUUAUUUUGAUAAUCUGUGCCAAUCGUGUUUUACGUUUGAGAAAGGCGGCAAGUGUGUGCGCCGAGUGUGAGUGUGAGUGUGUGUGUGUGUGUCUUUAUUCGGAUCUGAAGUGUGAACGCAUCGUGCCCACGGGACCCGACACGGCUCCAGAGAAUGAAACUCCAAAGAAUUUGUGACUCGCUCCGUCCUGAACUCACCAGCAGACGACCACGUCGUCGCGUCUCUUCCCACAAACUGGAGUCCGUCGUCGUCAGAAAGCGGAAAGAAAUGAUGCCGAGUCGUGCUUUUUUCUUCUUCUUUUUUUUUUAAGACUCUCGUCGUCAUUCAUGCUGGAGUCUGACUGGGAAACGCUUCUAGUUUCCAGAGAAUGUUUUCCCCUCAUACUUUAUGUAUUAACGCGCAAGCAAUAACAAGUUGGGGUUGUUAGGAGCACUGGUGCAGUGAGGAGGAGGAGGAGGAGGAGGAGGGGGGAGAUCUUCGCCCGAUUGUUUUUUCUUUGUCACCGCGUCGUUUCUAAAGAAUGUCCCGGCUGCAGCGGUGUUCUCGGCGUCAUCAAACAGCCUUUGACUAAACAAAAAAAAAUAUAUAUACUAAAACCCGAUUUAGAAAUCCCUUUAUUUACGAACGCGUCGGUUUUGAAGCCCGCUUCACGCAAAGAAGAUUUAUUUUCACGCAUUUGUCGAGCGAUAUGAUUUGUGCGGCGUCCCGCGCCGACGUGACAAUCCUUUGGGUCGGCGUGGGGGCGUGGAAUCUGAGUCGAGGUGGUCGCGGAAAAACGAUGGAUUUUGUACCUCGGAGGUGGAAAUGUGAAAGCUGCAAAAACGUCUUUGAUUUUUUUUGGAAUAUAAAUAGAAAAUGUAGCUUUUCGAAGGAACCGUCGGUGUGUCGAGGUUCGAGCCGCGAAUUGGAAAUGUUUAGAAGAUGCCUUAUUGCUAAUUCAGUGAACCAUUUUUUUUUAAGGAAAUGGAAUCUGAAAAAGAAAAGAUCCAUGUGUGAUGUUUUAAAUACGGUAACAUCUGGUGUUCUGACCCGUCCCUCCAAAAAGGAAGAAGCAGAAAACACUUCCAGAGUUUUGGGGGUGAAAUCAAACGGGCCUUCUCAUUGCAUUGUCUUUUUUAUUUUUUAUAUGUGAACUUGUCUUUUGUCGGAAUGAACAAAAGGAAUUAUAAUAUGCAGUAAUUUAGCGUUGAAAUCCUCUGCGGUAGUUCGGGUGGACGCACACGAGAAGAUUCACGAAGCACUAGUUUCAUGUUUCAGGAAGUAAAGUCUGAUACCGCUCUCAUGUCUGCAGCUAGUUAGCUUAGCAUAAAGACUGGAAACGGGUGGAAACGGCUAGCCUGGCUACGUCCGAAGGGAUUCGGGGCUGCGUGCCUUUUUAUUUGUUCCUUUUAGAUCGUACUGUUGCAUGCACUAUAAAUCCAACUGGGAUGCGAUACUCUAAUAUUUUCAUCCUGGUCUUUUUGGGCAUAUCUCAUAUAUAUCAAAAUAUCGUAUCGAUUACUUUGCUUUAAAUAGUCGUGAGGGUUUUGGAAUGCACCCAAAUCUGCCAACCGGCACACCUGCAAUCGACAGAAUUUAAUUAACUAAUUCUGUUCCAGAAUAUUUCUUGGCUGGAAGGAGCGACUUCCUUGAAAUAAAAAAGAUGCAGUCUUUGGUUUCUGGCGGCCAGCCAACUGUCACGAAAACGUGACGUAUGGUAAAAAGAAGAUGUUGAUCUUUUCAUGACCUUGACCUUUGACCCGAUCGAUCCCAAAAUAUAAUCAAAUGGUCCCCGGUUAAUAACCAAUCAUCCCUCCAAAUUUCAUGCGAUUCAGUUUAAUACUUUUGGAGUUAUGCGAGUAACACGGAUAAAAAUAAGUAAAUAAAUACAUAAAUAAAUACAUAAAUAAACUAGAACGGGCACUCGGUAGAGCGCAUACCUUCGCAUAUCACAAGAUUGGGCAUUGAAUUAUGAACAUUUUGGCAUUAGUUGCAUGCCAAUUGGAUAAAAAUUGACCGCGCUAUGGUAGAAAGAAGAUUUUGACCUUUUCGUGACCUUGACCUUUGACCCAACAAUCCCAAAAUCUAAUCAAAUGGUCCCCGGAUAAUAACCAAUCAUCCCACCAAAUUUCAUGCGAUUCGGUUUAAUACUUUUUGAGUUAUGCGAGUAACACGCAUACAAAUAAAUAAAUAAAUACACGGCGAUCAAAACAUAACCUUCCGCAUUUUCAAUGCGAAGGUAAUUAUCAUAUUCCACCAAUAUAAUCCCUUAAAUGCCGCACACUACUUUUAAAUGAAUGCAUCAAUAGUUGCGAUUUUAUUUAUUGUUCAAAGGGAUUCAACAUGCAAGCUAACCUCCGGUCUUUAUGCUAAGCUAACAGCAGCUCCACAUUGAACGGACAGACGUGAGGUUUCAAUCUUCGACAUUCGUAUUGGCAAGAAAGACGAUUUUAAUAUUUCCAAAAUUGCCUUUUACUGAAUUUGUCCGAAGACAUAUGAAUAUCAGAGUUUAGAGACAUAUCUUCUGGUGCGUUCCACUCAUGCAGUAAAGAUGUCAGAGUCUCUUUCACGACUAAGGAUGGAGCUCCUCGUCGCCCGUAAACUUCUUACAAGGUGAAUUCCAGCUAAAUGUUUAUUUUUUUGAAAGUAUUUCUCCUCUUUCACACGUUAAGGGCCCUAAAGGAGGAACACUUCUCCGAAGCCGCCUCGUGUGCCAUUGUUAUCGAUGAAUUUGACCCUUAGAGAUGUGCCGAGUCGUCAGCGUUCGGGACAAAGGGAUUAUUACGCGUCGAGCCAUUUCUGUAUUUAUUUGUAAACGUGUUUUUAUUUAUUAAUUCGUCCCGACUGAACUGUGAAACCAGGGGAGCUCGUAACUCUACGCCAACUCAACUCCAGAUACAAAACAUUUGAAUGAGAUUGUUCUGAUGCCAAAAUCAAGAGGCCUUAAUUCAGCAAAACUAGAUUGUAAAAAGAAAAAAAGUCAUUGCUGACAAAAAAAAAGUCAAACUAAAGACUCUGAAAGUCACGAGUGAUUCAUAUAUGAAAUGUUAAGAAACACUUUUGUACUCAUUUUUUAUAGACUAUUUAUUAAACUGAUUUUGUAAGAAAUAAAAAA